AUGUCCAUGUUAGAUGUCCUUGACCUACCGCAACUCUACACCAAGCCCUCCGCCGAGGCCCUCCUCGAAACCCUCGCGCUCCUUACCACCGCUCCGCCUUCGUGGGAAUAUACAAAUACAAGACACACAGAUCGCCAUGGGAAGGCAUUGAUAGAAGCGCGUGAGCCCGUAGUUCAGGUCAAUCCAGAGGGCGUCACACGAUACCUCACGACCAUUAUCAGUAGCGGGCUACAAUGGAUAGAAGACGAUGAGGUCAAGGAGCGCAUAUGGGAUCAAGCCAGCGCGCGCCUCAGUGAGCGAUCCGGUCGAUCUGCUAUGAGCACCAUGUCGCGCACUUUCCAGAUUCCCACCUCGUCCGACGCAUUCGAGCUUAAGAUCCACGAGCCUGCCAUGACAGGCGACGAUCUGGGCCUGAAGACCUGGGCUGCUUCCUAUAUGCUUGCGAAGCGCCUCAGAACCUUCCAUCUCGUCUCCUCGGACACACAAAAUCGGCUACAAGUCCUUGAGCUUGGAUCGGGUACGGGCUUGGUUGGACUGGCAAUGGCAGGCUUGGGCGCAGACGUUGUUUUGACAGAUCUGCCCAGCAUCUGUCCAAACCUGGCCUACAAUGCGCAACAGAAUCGGGAGGCCGUCAGUCUCAAUGGUGGGACAGUCCGCACAGCUAUGCUUGACUGGACAAAUCCAACCUCCUGUGAGCCACUGCCAGACGAUAACAGUACUGGCGAUGACGCGCCCAUUCCUGCCAAAUUCCCCUUGAUUCUUGCUGCAGAUUCGCUCUACUCCCCAGACCAUCCGCGCAUGUUGGUCGAUACUAUCGGCGUUUGGCUGGCCCCGGACGACAACGCUACAGUGAUCAUCGAGUUCCCAUACAGGGACGCUUACUUGCCUGAAAUCAAGGACUUUCGCCGCCGGAUGUUAGAGCUCGGGCUACAGGUAGUGGAAGAAGGAGAAGAGAAAGGACGCGAUGACUGGGGCCCGUCCGAGGCGAGCGAAGAUCAAGACGAUGAUGCGCUCGUGACUUGCUGGUGGUCAUGUUGGAAAAGGCAAAAUUCAAAGGCCAGCUGA